AUGUCGUCAAAGGGCAACAUUAUAUCGUGGAUUACGUACCAGACUGUUGGCCUUAGAGCAGCAUCCAAGUAUUGGCUGUAUUUUUACACAGUUCAUGACGAGAAACUCCCCAAAACAAUGGAAAAAUUGUAUGCAGACGCCUUGAAGCAAUGGGACAUUAUGGAGAUGCUGCUUUCAGAGCCGGGGCAGAUAUACAUGGCAUUGAAAGACCGUCCUACAGUCGCUGAUCUAGCAUAUUUACCCUUCGGCAUGCCCUGUAUGUUCGAAUUCAUGAAGAUCAAGAUUGAAGAUUGGCCAAAGAUCAAGGAGCGGUCUGAUGGCAUGUUGAGUCGCCCAGCUGUUCGUAGGAUCCCACAGUUUGCGCCCACCAUCGGUAAUUAA